AUGCUUUUAAAGUUGAUUGGAGUAGUGAGCCAGCUGCUCGAGUUGUGUUUCGCCGACCAGUUAAAUCCAAUAUUCAUCAGUUCAGAAUUAUUUGAAUUGAUUCAUCCAACAUCAAUCAAAGCUAUUGAAGCUCCAAUUGUGGUGAUUGACACAAACUUGGAGUUUAAAAAUGCCAUUUUUCUUCACAAUUCCUAUCCUAAAUAUCUUCUGGUGGGUGAUACUACCGAAAAACUCGAAUCUCUCCUCAAAAAACUCAAAUCUUUUUCCUCUUGGAGUUCAAAAUCUGAGACUUUUAUAGUUGAUGGAACCUCUGAAAAAUCUUGUCUUCGGCAGGCUUCUCAAUUUUUAAAGUUAUUAUGGAAAAUGAAUUUAUUAUCGUCAUUCUAUAUGUGUCUCAGGAGUCAAAAUUACACUAUGGUAUACACGUUCAACCCAUUUACAAACUACGCACCACACCCAUGGAAAGAAGUAGAAGUAACUAAUAAACCAGAUCCUCGAUGGACUUUAUACAAUCUUCGAUUCACACAAGAUAAUAAUAUAUGUCGUCUUCUCCGAUUUGACAAAUCAAAAUUGUUAAAUGGUUAUCCGGUUAAAAUUUCUUUUCAUGCAAAUAUUUAUUUGGAGUUUCAUUUGACCGUAUUUAACAGUUUAAAUCUCACUAGUCGUCUACAUCAUGAUUUACAAUUCCAAAAAAUUCGAAAUUUUCAUAAUAAAUUCAAAACUGGUAAAACUGAUUAUACUUGGAACAUAAAUCCUCUCAAAAGGAUUGACAACAAUAUAGAAAAUGCCAUUCCUUCAUAUCACAUAAUAGAAUUUGCAAUAGCUACUAAAAGUAGAUACAUCAUUUCAUCAUUUAUUCAAAUUGACUCUGUAAUUGAUCCUUAUACCGGUAUAUUUGCAAUUUCAAUAUUACUAUUAAUUAUCACUUUAAUUGGAUUGGUUAAUGAAUAUCAAUUUCCUGCGGCUAUUGUGGAUGUAUAUCGGUUAUUAUUAUUAAAUAUGGGAAUACAUUCACCUAUUCAAAAAUUAGUUAUGCGCAUUACCUUUGUCUUGGCAUUUAUAUUUGCAUUUGUAUUUUCUCCAGAACUUCAAGGAAAAGUUUUUGCUUUGUUAACAAAACCGUCGUACCGAAACAUAGAAACCCUACAAGACUUAUAUGACUAUAAUUAUCAUGUUUUUUAUGAUACUAAUGUACAUGACAAUAUGAUGAAUGAAGGAUUAUGGACAACGGACGAUGACCAGAAAUAUUUACACCGGAUCGAUAACCCAUACUCAUUAGAUUGUUUUGAAUUAGCGAGACAUCAUAGUUCAGUCGCAUGUAUUAGUUUAAGUUAUUAUAUAUUGAAAUUCGCUUCUAAAUACGAACUAUACGUAUCAAAAGAUUUCAUUUUUCCAACUUAUUAUGUUAAAUUUUCGCGGAAGGAUUGGGCGCUAAACGAUCGAGUGGGACAGAGAGUAUUACAUGCUACUGAAGCUGGACUUAUUGAUUAUUUAAAGAGAAAAAUGGUUGAUAAUAAGUUAAAAAGGAUUAAAGCUAUUGAAAAAGCUUCAGAAUUAGAAAAGUAUGACCUUAUAGAUGAGACUAAUUUAGUAGCGAUGUAUAUGUUUAUAGCGACAUUGUUCAUUUUGGCUAUUGGUAUAUUCUUCUUUGAAAAUAUGAUGUCUUUUUAUGUCCCGAAGGCGCGGUUAGAAUUAUUAAAUUUAGGAUUACUAGAAAGAUUUGAGCGUGUGUGA